AUGAGGCGUUUGCUCGGCCUGACCACACUCCCAGGUCGCAACAGCUUUGCGCUCCAAGUUGGCUACCGUCUUGGAACGAGUGUGGCUGGCACAUUCUACUCAGAGUCGGACACCGCUGCCGGUGCUUCGAUGAACAAUGAUAUGCGGCUGGGGAUAGUAAUAAAACCUCAAAGCACACUUGUUGAUCUGUGGGAACAAGCCGUUAAGGCGUGGCCAAUGCGCCGCUUUCUUGGGGCAAAGGUAUGGGUUCGUGGACAGUUAGGUUACGUUUGGGCAACCUAUGAGUCUAUUGAGCAGGAGGCCUCGGUCAUGCGCACACUGCUUAAUCAGAUGGGUGUGGGAAAGGGUGGUCGAGUCGUUGUAAUUAGCGAGAACCGCUAUGAGUGGGUUGUGGUUCAUCUGGCGUCAUUGCAGUUGGGCGCACAAUUUGUAGUCCUACCCACCAAUGUCACUCCAAAAGAAGCGGAGCUAGUAUUAAAAAGCACUCAAGCCAGGGUUUUAUUUGUCGAGUCUACGUCGGCAUACACUGCUGUUAAGGGUUGGGUUGGCGAAGUUGGUCAGCUGCAGCACAUUAUUUGCUUUGAGGAUCAAAUUGGGGAGGGUAGUUAUGCAGUUGCUAUCAGUAUAGCGUCAGACGUACCUGAAAAGACACCAGCGCGAAAAGAUGUCACUUCAGAGGACACUGCUAUGAUCAUGUUUUCGGCAGGGACCACAGGGCCACCAAAGGGAGUGAUGCUCUCACACAAGAAUCUUGUAGCGAACGUAAGCUCCAUAUACGCCCACGUUGGGGAAGCCAUCACGCACACGGACAUGUUUAUGUCACUUUGCUCCUGGUGUGUUGCGGGAGCCUUGACAACAGAACUUUACCAGGCUAUUUGUAAGGGAGCUUGCGUUUGCAUUCCCCCCGAACAGCUAGAAGGGUUUCAAGAUCUUCCGCUCGUCCAACCAAGUGUAAUUGUUACAGUUGCCCAACCAUUUCAGAGGGCUUAUGCCAACAUCGUUGAUAACAUCAUGAAUCGCAGUACUCUUACAAAGGACUUAACGCGCUUCACACUGGGGCGCAUCACAGAAAACCGGCUGAUGAUGCAAAAACCGGGUUCCAUCUUGCGGACCGCGUCUAAUAUUUUUCUCGGAAAAUUCAAGGCCCAAUUUGGAUCGGAGCUUCGCAUUGCAUUUAUUAUCGGCAGCCAACUGACAAGAGACCAGAUGGAGUUACUUGCAGACUUGGAUGUUUUCACCGUCAGUACGUACGGUUGUUUGGAGGCAGGGGGGCUGAUAGCUACUGACCUUGAUGUCCCGCUUCGUCUCAAGGCGCUACCAGGUGUGGAAAUCCGUGUUGUGAACGAUAAAAACGAAAUUGUGGCUCCAGGGUACGUUGGUGAGGUACUCAUUGAGGCGCCGCAUGCAAUGCAGGGCUACUUUGACGUUCACAUCGAUCCUGAGGAGGCUAAGAAUUCCCUUGUUGCUUAUGGGGGCCGAACGUUCGUGCGCACUGGUGACUACGGGUCUAUGACCGGCGGCUGGCUGACGAUCAAGGGGAACAAAGACAUACUUAUCAGACUCCAGAAUGGGACGGUGGUGGACCCUUUGGAGGUUGAGGGGACUCUAAUCAAAAGUCCCUUCAUCAAACAGAUAUUUGUGUACGGUGAAGGUCGUCCUUACCUCUGUGCCCUGGUGGUUCCCAACGCGAAGGCAAUCGCCUCUCAUUUGCGGAAGGUUGAGCGGCGGGAUGGUGUGCCUAUCGUAAGCGAGCGCGAAAAGGCUGACUGCAUCCGAGCAGAGCUCAGGCGCGUAUCGCAGGGGUUGCCUACGAGGUCUCAUGUUCGCCGGUUCGCAUUCAUUGAGGAGCUUACCCUCGCUAAUGGUUUCAUCACCUGCAAAUAUGGUUUUGCGAGACAAAGAGUGGAAAGGCACUACGUGCAUUACUUUGAUGCCAUGUACGACGAAACGCCAUUGUUCUUUGGGCACGCCGUGGACGACUAUGAUGAUCUGUUUUGA